UUAAUCACAUGAAUGCAGCAGUGUAGACUUUGGCAUUUCGGUAUGAAAGAAGCUCACGGUACACAUCGUAAACAUCAGUCAUGUCUAACUUUAUCCUGGGUUUGGACGUGGGUACCACUUCGGUAAAAGCCGUUUUAUUAGACAGAGGAUGUAGAGCUAUAGCUGCCAGUCAGUCUUUACCGACUGUUUCUGAUUUAGCCGACGAUAGCGGGAUAAAGGCGAAAGAGCAGGACACGGGUCGGAUCAUAGACACUCUGAACCGGUGCAUUGGCCUCCUUCCCAGAGACAAACUGCAGCAUGUGUGCUGCAUUGGGCUGACCGGACAGAUGCACGGAGUUUUAUUCUGGAAACCAAAAAGCGGUUGCGUCUGGUCCAAUAGCGACUCCUUCACAGCCAAAGACACCAGUCAGCUGAUCACCUGGCAAGAUGGACGUUGCAGCAGUGACUUCCUCUCCUCUCUUCCCAGACCAGAUUCUCAUCUUAGCGUCGCCACAGGGUUUGGCUGUGCAACAAUCUUCUGGUACAUGAAACACAAACCCAAAUUCCUUGAGGACUUUACGGUUGCAGGUACCAUCCAGGACUAUGUGGUGUCCAUGCUGUGCAGUUUGGACGGGUGUGUGAUGACACCUCAGAAUGCAGCCAGCUGGGGCUUCUUCAACACGUCAUCCAAUCAGUGGAAUGAAAACAUUCUGAAGGGUGCUGGCUUCCCUUUGCACCUGAUUCCUAAGUGUGUGCCAUCUGGUGGCUUGGCAGGAAAGACCUGCUCUCAGUGGCACGGCAUACCCGCUGGCACGCCAGUAGGGGCCGCCCUAGGAGACUUCCAAUGCUCCGUCUACUCCUGCAUGAGUGCACGGACAGAUGCAGUCCUUAACAUAAGCACCUCAGCCCAGCUGACCUACGCCAUGCCAGCUGACUUCAAACCUCCAGAUUCUCCUCAGCCCGCCUCGUCCAUCUCCUAUUUUCCUUACUUUGAGUCCACAUACUUGGCUGUUGCGGCAUCACUCAAUGGAGGGAAUGUGUUGGCACGUUUUGUGGAGAUGCUGACUUCCUGGAUGAGAGACCUUGGUGCAGAGCUGAGUGACUCAUGCUUAUACGAAAAGCUGAUUCAUUGUGCCCUGAACCAGGAAACCAGCAACCUGAGGGUGAGUCCUACCAUCUUGGGAGAGAGACACGACCCUCUCUGCCUGGGUCACGUGACUGGCAUCUCCACCUCCAAUCUCUCCCUGGGUCAUGUGAUCAGGGCUCUCUGCCAUGGAGUCCUGGACAACAUCACCUCGAUGAUGCCUGUAGAGCGCCUGCAGCAGGCGGGGGUCCGCAGGAUUGUGGGCAGUGGGAGCGCACUCGCUCGGAACGAGGCGCUAAGACAAGAAGUGGAGAAGGCGUUCCCUCUGCAGGUGGUAUAUGGACAGAACGCGGACUCUGCUUUGGGCGUGGCGAUGGUUCUCUGUGACCGCCUUUAAAUCGGACUCGCUAUCCAGUCCUGUCUGUUUACAUGACUUAGAAUUUUGCGGACCAACUAAAGCUGACCCUAACAAAUCUUAGACAUUCGUUACGACCAAAAGAUGGAAGAUGGGAGCUCAAAGGUGUUACUGUGACUGAACAGCUCUCAACAAUAUAGUGGGCAUUUCUGAUAUUGAGGGUUCGAUUUUGUUACAGUAUAAUUCAAAGCAUAUCAAUUGAUAGCAGUUGUUUCCUAGAGCUGGCUGCUCUUCAUUCAUCAACAAAAAAGUCAGGCCUCUGUCACUUAGCUUUACAGCUGCUUAAUGUGGCAUCAGACACAUGCCGUUAAGAGACAGUGGCAACAAGUUCAAACUUGUUAGCUGCAGAAAUCACAGUGACUUUUGCAUGAUUUAUCUACCCUGAGAUGACGAUGCAAUCAACACGUCAACAUUGAAGCAGAAAACAGGAUGUUGAGGUGCCUUCAUUUUCUUUUUUUCUGUUUCGUGGUGUCUGGGACAGGUUCGUUUGUAGUUUCCUGUGGGAUGGGUGUUUCCUGUUCAGCUCCCCGAUCGAAACAGGUCGAGUCUGUGCGUGUUUGUGGGUUGAUUUUUGUAUCUGCUUUGUUGUUAUGAAAGGAAAUUCAGCUUGACGUGGGUUACCUCAGUGACAACAUCAGUGGCUAUGUUCUGGCUCGAGUCACGCUUUGUUUUAUUGUCCUGAACCAAACCAAACACAGAGCUUUAUCAUCAGAAAAGUUUGGGAUGAUGUUAAAUUAUUGUGUUACGCUAUCAGUGUACAAACAGAAA